CCCGGAUCAUUUUAUACCGGGGGAGCUGUGCACUGCGGUCCCUGCUCGGGGAAUCGCUGCUGCUCUUCCCAUUCGCCAGGGGCUUUCCAAUCACCUGCCUCUGCCACCCUCUCCGCUCCGCUCUUUGUACUUUAUUUUCACGUGCUCUUUACUAACACGGCUAUUUUUAAAUCCCGCUCGGAUUUAUUUCUCUCUCGUUCUUUCCUUCUCUCUUAUUUUCCUUUUGUUUUUCUUUUUUUUCUCCCCCCCCCCUUUUUUUUUUUUUCCGGGGGGGUGAGUGGGGGGAGGGAGGUUAACGUUUGCAGUUCCCUAAGGGAAAGAUCCCACCAGCCAACCCAGUUCCGCCACUGCUGCAUCCAUCCAUUCAUUUUUAUGGUCACUAACAGCCUAUCCCGGUAGUGGAAGGUGCAGAGAAGUGGGAGGCAGGGAGAGCGAUAGAGAGAGGGAGAUCCGGACAGCGAGAAUGGCCGAGAGAAAGAGGAACUGGAAUAAAGAAGAUGACCUGCCUGUGUAUCUAGCUAGGCCGGGCACGACAGCCCAGACGCCGCGACAGAAAUACGGGGGAAUGUUCGCCUCCGUGGAGGGGGCCUACGAGAACAAAACCAUCGACUUCGACGCCUACAGCGUGGGGAAGAAGGGGUCCCGGACCCCGCGGAGCGGCAGCCGGCACGACAUGCUGGACGGAGGGGACAACUACAGCGAGACCGCCAGCGACAUCAGCGAGAUCUCCGGCUCCGUCAUCAGCUCCCCGGGAGACCGGGAGGACAAGACCCCGGGCGUGGAGAUCAAAUACCCCAUGGGGAAGGAGCUGCUGCAGGGCCAGGACAAUGGCCAGAGUGAUCGACUGCUCAUUAAAGGUGGAAGAAUUAUCAAUGAUGACCACUCCUUCUAUGCAGACCUAUACCUUGAAGAUGGACUUAUAAAGCAAAUAGGAGAGAAUCUGAUUGUCCCUGGAGGAGUCAAGACCAUAGAGGCUAAUGGGCGCAUGGUUAUUCCUGGGGGAAUAGAUGUCAACACUUAUCUGCAAAAGCCUUACCAGGGGAUGACUGCUGUUGAUGACUUCUAUCAAGGCACAAAAGCAGCGCUAGCAGGGGGCACCACCAUGAUCAUUGAUCAUGUGCUUCCAGAACCUGGAUCAAGUAUACUGACCUCCUUUGAGAAGUGGCAUGAGGCAGCUGAUACCAAAUCCUGUUGUGAUUACGCUCUCCAUGUGGACAUCACCAGCUGGUAUGAUGGGAUUCGAGAAGAGCUGGAAGUACUUGUGCAAGACAAAGGUGUGAACUCUUUUCAAGUCUACAUGGCGUACAAAGAUCUCUACCAAAUGUCCGACAGCCAGCUUUAUGAAGCCUUUACCUUUCUAAAGAGUCUUGGAGCUGUUAUCCUGGUCCAUGCUGAAAAUGGAGACUUGAUAGCUCAGGAACAAAAGCGUAUUCUGGAGAUGGGAAUCACUGGACCUGAGGGACAUGCCCUGAGCAGGCCAGAAGAGCUUGAAGCAGAAGCAGUGUUCCGUGCCAUCACCAUUGCCAGUCGAAUAAACUGCCCAGUGUAUAUCACCAAGGUGAUGAGUAAGAGUGCAGCUGAUAUCAUUGCACUGGCCAGGAAGAGAGGUCCCCUUGUGUUUGGAGAACCGAUCACUGCCAGCUUGGGGACAGAUGGGACACAUUACUGGAGCAAAAACUGGGCCAAGGCUGCAGCUUUUGUGACCUCACCACCUCUGAGCCCUGACCCUACCACUCCAGACCACUUAAAUUCGCUCUUAGCAUGUGGGGACCUGCAGGUGACGGGAAGUGGACAUUGCCCCUAUAGCACUGCCCAGAAAGCCAUUGGAAAGGACAACUUCACUAUGAUUCCCGAAGGGGUCAAUGGAAUUGAGGAAAGGAUGACUGUUGUCUGGGACAAGGCUGUAGCCACAGGCAAGAUGGAUGAGAGCCAGUUUGUAGCUGUCACCAGCACCAAUGCUGCCAAAAUCUUCAAUCUGUAUCCGAGAAAAGGCCGAAUUGCUGUAGGAUCCGAUGCUGAUGUUGUUAUUUGGGACCCUGAUAAGGUGAAGACUAUAACAGCCAAAAGCCAUAAAUCGGCCAUUGAGUACAACAUCUUUGAAGGAAUGGAGUGCCAUGGUGCCCCACUCGUGGUCAUAAGCCAAGGGAAGAUUGUGUAUGAAGAUGGAAAUCUGCACGUAAAUAAAGGAAUGGGCCGCUUCAUCCCUCGCAAACCUUUCCCUGAAUACCUUUACCAGCGCAUCAAAAUCAGGAAUAAGGUGGGAGGACUGCAGGGCGUCUCCAGAGGAAUGUAUGAUGGACCUGUGUAUGAAAUCCCUGCUACGCCAAAAUAUGCAACUCCUGCACCCUCAACUAAAUCCUCCCCUGCCAAAAACCAGCCUCCACCAAUCAGAAACCUCCAUCAAUCCAAUUUCAGCUUAUCAGGAGCUCAGAUUGAUGACAACAACCCACGCCGUACUGGCCACCGCAUCGUGGCACCUCCCGGUGGGCGCUCUAAUAUUACCAGUCUUGGCUGAAAAAUGAUGAUGGACAGAAACACAAAGAUGAAAGAUCAUGGGAAUAACGUCCAUUCCCUUCAAUAUCUGUGUUAUCAAGCCCACAGUUUUAUUUGGUACUAACAGAAAUAAAAACUGAAAUGUCUUUUUUUUUUCCUUCCUUUUUUUUUUUUUUUUUUCUUCUUUUUUUUUUUUUUUUUUUUUUUUUUUUUUUUUUUUUUUUUUUUUGUAUAGAAAGAGGUGAUAAUAGUGUGGUGUGUUUGCUUGGAACUACUUGCCUCACAAUUGUGCUUUCAUGCCAUAGUCACCUUAAAGCAUGGUGCUUCCAUUGCCCCUUUAGUGACUACAGGUUUUAGCUUUGUCUCGUAACUGAAUGAUGGUUCCUUUGCACCUUUUCGCUGUAUUAGAGUAGUUAAUGCAUGUUACUGAGUUAUUUAUGCAAGUUGCAGUCUGUGAGUGAGUCCCUUUAGAACACAUUGCCAACAAUUGACUAGACACAAUGCCAAGAUUAAUAUCUGUAUUUGAGAAACACUACCAAAAACACUAACGAAGGAAGAAAAUGGCCAUCUGGAAAGUAAGCAGUAGAGUAGUGUAGGCAGCUUCUGUUUAAUCUUUAAUUUAUUAUAAACCCAAGAAGCACUUCUCUCAAGACACAGAAACUCAUUGGGACAUGUAAUGACAAAUGGUCUCCGUAGCACCUAUCUGUUCCCACUCGGUACAUUCCAAGUCUGUGUCCUUCUUGUUUCCAUUUUAGACAGCCAUAAUUUUUACACACCAAUGCCAUUGCCACCCCUGCAGGGAUUUCUCCACCUGGGCAGUAGUGCUCUCCUUCUGCAUGAGAUUUUUGGUACUUACAGAUAAUCCAAGUUGCUGUCGGAUUUUUAAAGUUUUUUGUACAAAGUUUUUCCUUUGUAAUCACAUGCAUUUUUACUUACUCUACCGUAUCAAGAUCUACUAGUCGUGGUUCAAUUUCUGAAUUCAAAGCUUGUGAAAUAAAGGAAAUUAAUUGAU